AGUAUAAAAGAAGUUGAGAAAAGUGUAUGAGUAUAAGUUCUAUUUGGUUGAAAUAGCAAAUUAAGUCAAUCUCAUUGCUCACAAUACGAAACAUAAUGGCAUUGUUACGCAAUUUCUGUUUUCUUUUUACAAUUCUAACAAUUGUUGUACUAACCCAAGGGGAAAACAGUUUUUGGCAAAAUUGGAGAAAUUUUUUAAAACGAUUUAAUAAAGGGCAAAAUAAUAUAGAGCAAAAUAAUAAUGGGCAAACUAAUAAAGGGCAAAAUAAUAAUGGCCUAAAUAAUAAUGAGAAAAAUAAUAAUGGACAAAUUGAUUAUUGUAACGUUUGUGGAGAUCAUACAAUGUGCCGUAUUACAAACCCAAAACCAGUUUGUAAUGCAAAAGUAUCUUCUCUUACACCUGAACAACAAUCCGAAAUUGUAAAUCUGCAUAAUGAAUAUAGAAAAAAAGUCGCAACAGGCAAUGAAGAAAGAGGAAGCCCUGGACCACAACCAGGAGCUAAAAAUAUGCCAAAUAUGGUUUGGGAUAAUGAAUUAGCAACCAUAGCACAAAGAUGGGCAAAUCAAUGUACAUUUAAACAUGACUCUUGCCGAAAUACUCAACAAUACCAUGUUGGUCAGAAUAUCGCUACAUCAUAUUCAACAGGCACCAAAAAUGACUCGUUAAAACAAUUAAUAGAAUUGUGGUAUAACGAGGUGAAUCAAUUCAACCGUAACGAUGUUGAACGAUAUGUAUUCAGUUACCAUACUGGACAUUACACACAAAUGGUAUGGGCAAAAAGUACGAAAAUUGGCUGUGGAUAUGUUGAUUACAUGAAUGGAGAUCGAAACACUGUUUUAUUAGUUUGCAAUUAUGGACCAGCGGGUAACUUCCAAGGAGAAAAAAUAUACGAAAUUGCCUAAUAGAGGAAUUUCAUUUCAAUAAAAAUUAAAUAAAAAUUUAAUCAUCAUCCAAAUAAAUUUCGAUUAUCUGGAUUAUUAAUUCAUAAAAUUAAUCAGUGUUUAUCUUGACGUAAAAGUGGCAAUGAAAUAACAUAAACAUUUUGUUUGAUGAUGUAAUAUCAUAUUUUUACUGCUUUUGCAUAAUACAAUUUUGCGUAAUCUAAAAGGAAGUUUUUGAAAAAAAUUAACAAAUAUUACAGCAAUUUUGUGAACGCUUAAGAUAAUUGACAUUGCAUAAAAUAAAUGCAAAUAUUUUGUAUUAUUUAAUAGAUGAUUAAAAAAAUCUUCAAUGUUAUUAUUUACCGUAUUAUUCUAAUCUAUUUAUGCAAUUUUAUGGGUACAUAAAAGCAUUUUUUGUAAAAUUA